AUGCAAGACCAGUCAGAUGAUCUGUCUAGUGGGAUUCAAAAGAGUCUUCUGUUCUUUCUCAAGCGGGAGUCAUCAGAAGUAAAUAGUUCAUUGGUUAAUCGUCCUGUGGGUUGUUUCGAGGACCAAAAGAAUAAGCGAAUUUUGGAUGGUUUUUCUUAUGUGUUCAAAGAAGAUAAUUCAGUGGAGAAAUGUCGGUCCUUUUGCUAUCGUGCCGGUUUCAUUUUCUAUGGACUGGAGUUCGGACGGGAAUGCUUUUGCGGUGAUUCCAUAGUCGGAGAAUCUAUUCAUAAUUCAAGAUGUAAAGAAUACCUAUGCAGUGGAGAUCCUUCGGACGUUUUAGAGAAGCAUAUAAUGCCUAAGGCAGUGUAUCGGGAUGACGUUGAUUCAGAAGGCAAUUCAAAAGCGCCACGCAUACUGUUUUUGCUUCAGUUGAAUGGUAGAAAUGAACGUCAGGUGAAGAGACUAUUGAAAGCAUUAUACUCUCCUUACCACUAUUAUUAUAUUCACGUAGACCAACGGCAGCUGUUUUUGCUUUCAGAGAUGAAAGCUGUUGCCGAGAUGUUGCCGAAUGUUUACUUGGCUCCGGAUGCGCGCAGUACAAUAUGGGGAGGAGCGUCAUUGCUAACAAUGGUCCAAGAUGCGAUCCGACGCUCAAUCGUCAUGCCAUCGUUUUCCGAAUGGGACUAUCUCAUCAAUCUAUCUGAGAGUGACUUUCCAGUUUUGACGCUUUAUGAGCUGGAAGUGCAGCUGAAAUUAAAUCCUCACAAGUCCUACUUGAGCAGUCACGGGUACAACACUGCGCGGUUCAUACAAAAACAAGGUUUUGACUUUGUGUUUGUAGAAUGUGAGAACCACAUGUGGAGAAUUGGGAAGAGGAAUGAGUUUCCACGUAAUCUACGUGUUGACGGUGGUUCUGAUUGGGUAGUCCUCCACAGGAAUUUCGCUGAAUAUUCUAUAUCUGAUGAUGAAUUGGCAGUGAAAUUGCGUACUUUAUUUUCUAGCGUAAUUUUACCAGUGGAGAGCUUCUUUCAUACAGUGAGUACCUUUUUUUUCCAAUUUAUGAAUAGAAUUCCAAGCACUGGUGGUUGCCAAAUCCCGAGAGCCGUUUCAAGUACUAUCCCCCUAAAUUGUAUCAGUAUCAAAUCUUCGUUUUACUGA